AUAAUUACCUACCUCUCCCUCCUUCCCAAUCUUCCUCGUCGCGUCAGUGGUUCUAAUUUCUAAAUCCUCUGCGACCUUCAUGUGUUGGCCGGCAUGACAUAUAAAGAAUCGUAGAUUACUAUGGAGUAUAUUAAUAUAGAAUGGUGAUGUGGCAUACUUUGAUUGGCUUACAAAAACCUGGGUUUUUGGUGCUUCCACAUUAACAAGGGCUAAAUCUUUAGCGGAUGGGUACCGACCAAUUCCCACAGAAAUCUUUAGCGGGAAAUUUGAAUGAACCCUCAAUUGGCAGUGAUCAAAGCUGCCGGAUGGCGUCUAGUAAAGAGCAAUCUGCUCCGAGCAUGAAAGCGGAGGAGGCCGAGGAGGAAUUGAGCAGGGCAGCGAGCAACGCUGCAUCAGUAGAAGCCGAAGAGGACGAUGACGAGCACGACUCCAAAGAGAGGGUUCUUCAGAGAUACUUCCUUCAGGAAUGGAAGCUCGUAAAGCUCCUCCUCGACGACAUAGUUUCGCUCGGCCGGGUUUCUGAUAUCUCGUCAGUUCACAAGAUCCGAUCCAUUAUGGACAAGUAUCAGGAACAGGGUCAACUAGUAGAGCCUUAUCUAGAGAGCAUAGUUUCUCCUCUGAUGUCAAUUGUUCGUUCCAAAACGGCUGAACAAGGGGAAGCAUUGGAUGAAGUUCUUGAAGUCAUUAAACCUUUAUGCAUUAUCAUUUAUUGUCUGGUAACAGUAUGUGGAUAUAAGGCAGUUAUCAAAUUCUUCCCACACCAGGUUUCUGAUCUAGAACUUGCGGUCUCUCUGUUGGAGAAAUGCCACAGUACACAUUCAGCAACAUCAUUAAGGCAAGAAAGUACAGGAGAGAUGGAAGCAAAGUGUGUGAUACUGCUAUGGCUUUCCAUAUUAGUGUUGAUUCCCUUUGAUAUAUCAUCUGUGGAUACUAGUAUUACUGACAGUCAGUGUACAAGUACAAACGAACUACCUCCACUGGCACUGAGGAUCAUUGAAUGCUCUAAGGACUACCUUUCCAAUUCUGGCCCGAUGCGUACUAUAGCUGGGUUGCUGCUUUCUAAACUUCUAACACGCCCAGAUAUGUUGAAGGCCUUUAACGGCUUUAUUGUUUGGACACAUGAUGUCAUCUCAUCUGUUGCAAAUGAUGUUAAUGAUCACUUCCAGUUGUUGGGUACGAUAGAAGCAUUGGCUACCAUAUUUAAGACUGGGAGUGCACAACUAUUGCUUAAUGUAGUUCCCACAGUUUGGGAAGACACAACAGCUCUGGUGGGGUCCAGCAAUGCAGCAAGAAGUCCAUUGCUUCGCAAGUAUCUUGUAAAGCUAGCUCAAAGAAUAUCGCUUACAUGUUUGCCUCACCGUUCUCAAUCAUGGCGCUAUGUGGGCAGGAAGCAAACUCUGGGGGUGAUAUCCCAAGACUUGACCAGAAUUGAUAAAAAUGAUGAAAUUGAAAAUAUAGAUCCUUCAGAAUUAUAUCAGCAGGAGGAUAUGGAUGUUCCUGAGAUAGUUGAAGAGAUUAUCGAUGUUUUGUUGUGUUCACUGAAAGAUACGGACACGGUUGUUCGUUGGUCUGCUGCAAAAGGUAUUGGUCGCGUUUCUUCACGCUUAACUUAUGCACUUUGUGAUGAAGUUCUUUCAUCUGUACUGGAACUCUUUUCUCCCAGUGAGGGGGAUGGUUCUUGGCAUGGAGGUUGUUUGGCACUGGCUGAGUUAGCACGUAGAGGAUUGCUCUUACCCAUCAGCUUUUCCAAAGUUGUGCCUGUUGUAGUGAAGGCCUUGCAUUAUGAUGUUCGAAGGGGUCCACAUAGCAUUGGGUCGCAUGUACGUGAUGCUGCUGCAUAUGUUUGCUGGGCAUUCGGUCGUGCUUAUAAUCAUAAAGAUAUGAAAGGUUUACUCGUACAGAUUGCUCCACAUCUUCUGACGGUGGCUUGUUACGACCGAGAGGUGAAUUGCAGAAGAGCAGCAGCAGCAGCUUUUCAAGAAAAUGUUGGUAGACAAGGAAAUUACCCACAUGGCAUUGAUAUAGUGAAUACAGCUGACUACUUUGCACUCUCCUCACGUGUAUACUCUUACCUUCACGUUUCAGUCAGUAUCGCUGUAUAUAAUGGAUACCUACACUCUUUUGUAGAUGAGUUGCUUCAUAACAAGAUCUGUCACUGGGACAAAAGUUUGAGAGAACUUGCUGGGAACGCCCUCUCUUCUCUUGUCAAGUAUGACCCUGAAUACUUUGUGGAAGCUAUUCUAAAGAACUUAAUCCCUCGCACACUGUCUACUGAUUUAUGCAUGCGUCAUGGUGCAACCUUAGCUCUUGGAGAAGUCAUUUUGGCCCUGCACAAGUGUGGCUAUAGGCUUUCAUCUGAUCUCCAGAAACAAGUUGCCAGUGUGAUUCCUGCAAUUGAGAAAGCAAGGCUUUAUCGUGGGAAAGGCGGAGAGAUAAUGCGUUUUGCAGUUUCACGUUUCAUAGAGUGCAUUUCUUCAGUGCAUGUGCAUUUGACCGGCACAACAAAACGUAGUCUGCUUGAUACCCUGAAUGACAAUUUGAAGCACCCGAAUUCUCAGAUACAGGGUGCUUCUGUUGCUGCCCUGAAGAGCUUCAUCCCUGCUUACCUAGUGGCGAAAGAAAAUAAACCAUCAAUUGACAUUCUGAAGAAGUACCUUGAACAACUGACUGAACCUAAUGCAGCUGCUAGACGAGGAUCCGCACUUGCAGUUGGUGUAUUGCCUUUUGAAUGUUUGGCUAAAGGAUGGAAAAUUGUCCUCUCAAAGCUUUCCCGCGCUUGUGAGAUUGAGGAGAAUCCUGAAGAUAGGGAUGCAGAAGCACGGGUGAAUGCCGUGAAGGGACUUGUAUUAGCAUGCCAAACAUUAACUCAGGCCGAACAACUUUCUGCUUUCUUCUCUGAAGAAGAUUACGAUUCUUUGUUUUCUGUCAUCAAGAACGAAGUGAUACAAAGUUUGCUCAGAGCUCUAGAUGAUUAUUCCGUGGAUAAUAGAGGUGAUGUGGGUUCCUGGGUUCGUGAAGCUGCCAUUGAAGGUCUUGAGAAGUGCUCAUAUAUUUUAUGCAAGAGAGGCUCCAAGGGGACAUUAUAUUUUGAUGAAGAUCUUGCAACUUGCAUAGUUGGAGGCAUUGUUAAGCAAGCAACAGAAAAGUUGAAUAAAUUAAGAGAAUUAGCUGGAAAUACUCUUCAAAGAAUUUUGUACAACAAAGAAAUUUUUGUACCAUUCAUACCUUAUAGGGAGAGACUGGAGAAUGUGGUUCCUAAUGACACAGAUCUAAAAUGGGGGGUGCCGGCUUUCUCAUAUCCUCGUUUCAUUCAGUUACUUGGGAUUGAUUGCUACAGUAAAUAUGUGGUCUCUGGGCUGGUUAUUUCUAUUGGUGGUUUGCAAGACUCUUUGAGGAAAGCAACCAUUGCUGCUUUAAUGGAUUAUCUUCAAUCACCAGAAGACCACAAUGGUUCUAGAGAGCAGAGCUUGUCUAAUGACAUUCUCUGGGUUCUUCAGGCAUAUAAAAGAUGUGAUAGGGUUAUAACACCGACGCUGAAGACUAUUGAGAUUCUACUGAGCAAAAAGAUAUUCCUAAACAUGGAGGCACAUACUUCUGUCUUCUGUGCCGCUAUUUUGGAUUCUCUUUGUGCGGAAUUGAAAGGAUCAAAGGACUUCUCUAAGUUGAACGCUGGAAUUGCAAUUCUUGGAUAUAUUGCUUCACUUUUAGAGCCUAUUGGUACCCAGGCUUUUAGCCAGCUACUGGUUUUCCUCGGUCACCGUUACCCAAAGAUAAGGAAAGGCGGUGCUGAACAAGUAUAUCUUGUUCUCCUGCAAAACACGAGUAUUGUAUCAGAAGAUAAAGUUGAGAAAGCGCUUGAAAUUAUAUCUGAAACCUGCUGGGAAGGUGAUAUUGGGGAAGCUAGAGCCAGGAGGAUGCAGCUUUGUACUAUAGCUGGCAUUGAAACUGGACAGGUAAAUGAUGGCUUGGUCCGCAAGUCUAAGUCUGCUGAAAAACUGACCAAUGCAGAUGAAAAUAGAUCCUACUCGUCUCUAGUUGGAUCCGCUGGGUUUUAGCCUCAUAGGCCAAGAGAGACCGUACGAUUGUGUCUCGACUCUACCAUUUGGACUAUCCAGAUCUUCCAACAAGUGAUCUGUAGCCACCUGAUCAUUAGACAUGUGAGCUAUGUUGAAGUGAUGUUUAAGAUGCACUGAGAAACUGGGCCUGGUUUUAGUCCUCAUGUUCAUGAAAGAUGUCGCCUUGUUUCAUAGUCAACCCAUGUGAAGAGACGGUUUAAAAUCUCAUAUGUGGUUAUCACCAGAUUUGCUUCAAGAAAGGAGUCCCUUGCCACAAUGCCACUUGAGAAUAGCUCAAGUUAUCGGAUGUGAGUUUUAUAUCCUCAACAAGUGACAGGUCCGGUCCCCAUGAACCAAAAGUCAUGUUAGUAUUGUGUAACUUUUUCGAUUGAGUAGAGGACUAGAGGGACCGGGGAAGAUAGUUAUGUUUAUGCAAUAUACAACUUCAAUUUAAAUGUAGAUCUAUAUAAUGAGACCUGUUUAUAUUUUUUAAAAAGUAACUACUUGGUUUAACUGAACUUAUGAACUUAUCAUAGAUAGCAUGUAGGAUGAUGCAGCUAGUUAAUCCCUUUUUGGCAACUUGAAAAAAGACUUCAUUGGUUAAAUAGAAC